AUGCCCGGUUCAAUGCGCCUCCCGCGCAUCAGCGGCUUCUCCGAAGCCUUCUUCUCCGGCAACAAGAUCCCGCCCGACGUGGAACAUGUCAUGUCCGGUAUGCUCGGUAACAACCGGUUUCAAAAGGGCAACCGCGCCGCCCGUUCCUACGCCAACCUCGUGGUCCUGUUUCGCAUGAUGCUGUUCUACGCGCCCCUCAUGCACGACGCCCGCUUCUGGAAGUGGGUGACAGAGGACUGGGGCAUCGCCAAGGGGGACAAGCGUGACACGGUGAGCGGUAUCGCCAACUUCUACUCGGACGCUCGCUAUGCGGCGUUUGGCAAGGCCGAGCAGAGGAUCUCUCUGCUGGUGCGACUGGUAACCGAGUGGCUUCUGAUCCGGCCGCGGCCGGAGAUUGGGCACUCGGCAGAAGUGGACGAGGCCACAGUUGCCGCGACGCGUACGGCAUGGCUCAAGAUACGUGACUGGCACGUUGACAUGCUCAUGGACGCGAAGCUACCGCCCUGCUUGGCCGGCGUUGAACCCCCCGAAAAGAAAGUCACGUCUCUCUGGGAGACGGAUCCAGAGGUAGUGGCGCUGCUGAAAGAAAUUCAGUCCUCUCGAAAGUCCAAGACGUUGGUUCAUAAAGCCGGCACGCCCAAAAUGCCCGGCGUCCAGACUCAACUUGCAAGUCCGUCAGUGGACCAGCCAUUAAUGGAACGAAAGCGAAAGUCUUCGUCCUCUCCAAGCGAAACUAGUGAGGGCAAAUCCAUGCUAGCAAGCGACAACUUCUUCUUUGACGAGUGCCACUUUACUUUUCGCUCGGAACCUAAACAGGACGAAUUGGCAUAUUCCAUACCUACAGACCAUACCCCAAAGCGAACCCAUCUCUUCAAGAACAGCGAUUCCUCUGAGCAUCACUUUGUCCCCGAGACUGUUGCUUCUUUCGACAUGAUUGAUUUAACUGACGCGGGCGAUGCAUCAUUGCCUGUCCUGCCGCCAUCGCCCAAGCCCGCGCGGGCGUUGAUCCAGUCCAAGCUGACCCAGUACACCGACCGCCACGCGGCCGCCGCCGAGGCCGCGCCAGACCAAUUACAACAAGAGCAAAACGUGCAGCCGCAGCGCAUAAUGAGCCAGAGCCGGCGUCGGCGGGAGGAUCUCACCGUGCAGCUGAGGCGCAUGGCCAGCCAGACCCGGCGUCAGCGGGAGGAGCUCCGCGCGCAGGACGAAACGAGGACGGCGGCUUACAUGGCCCCGUCGCCGGCCAUUGGCGUAGAGUAUAGUAUCAUGGCCUCUGAGGAGAGGCAGUUGUACGAGACUAGGCUGCGCGGGCUCGAGGCGCGACUGGCGGCGCUGGAGAGGGCGCAGCGGGACGACGCGAACUGGGCCAGGGCCACGGGACAAUCCCUGCACGAGGCGAACGACAGGUCCAUUCAGUCGCUGCAGGAAGUGCUUGUCGCGAUUGAGACUCUGCAGAGGACGACGUCCAUUUUGCUUGAAGACUCGGAGAAGCGCGAGGAGUGA